GACCACGUGAGGGCCCUCCUACUGCCCCAUUUGGCAGGAGCAGAGUUACUACCGCGACGCCCACGACAACAGCGACCUUGGCCUCAUUCCUUCGUUCUAGCGUCCGUCGCAUUGCUUACAGAUCCAUCGCUAAGCUCUCAGAUGCCACCUUCAGUAGACCAUGAUGACAGCCACGGCGCAACGAGCUCUCGCUUCCUCUCAGCCGGGUCGUCUACUCCGCGCAAGUCACCAUCUCGACAAAGCCUAAGUCUCAACGGACGGAAGUCGUCUACCUCGCUACGCGCAGGCUCGAGCCUCGCGGAUGCACUCGGAGAUGAAGGAGCAACGGGGAGACACUCGCUUGCGCACGAAUUGGCAGUGGCGUUGAUGCCCGAGCCCAGUGCAGGGUCGAUGCUUCUUGCGGAGGAAUUUGGCAUAGAGUACGACGAGGGAGCGGAGGGCAUAGACGAGCCACCAGAGGGUGCCAACGAAUACGACGGGGCGGGUCAAUCGCUGCAGGAUGAGCUCACCCCCGAGGCAGACAGGGAAGAAGUAGAGCAGGCAGCGCCGCAAUUCGCAGAGGCGGAGCCGGCCGAGGUCGAUCCCGCGUUAACGAGCCCUACCUCACCACGGCAGAAGCGGCAACCCGAACAGGACCCUAUGGUGAUCCUGGCGCAGGACCUGGAAUACACGGAGAAGUUCCUCGCGCAGCUUCGUCGCCUCGAGUCAGACCACGCGAACAUCGAGGGCCUCGCGUCGGACAUGAUACGUCGCAUCAACGACACCACUCGGGAUCGGGAGGAGCAGGUGCGGGAGCUUCUCGUGUGCGAGCGAGAGUUCAGGAAGAUCGCGGCAGAGGUGAACGGCACCGAGGUGCUCGGUCAAUUGGACGUGCUGGAGAAGAUGAUCGACGAGCCAGCUCCAGCUCCGGAGCCCCGGCGCGACCUCGAGCCUGUGAACGAGGAUUCCUUCACGAGUUCUGCGGCUGCGAGUGAUUGGGAGGUCGACCCUGACCGGGAACGGCUAGGAGACACCGAGGAGGACGAAUACGAGUCUGCGUACUCAACAACACCGGUCAAGGCGACUUUCCCUCCCCCUCCUCCGUUGAACGGCACCCCGACUCCCGCAAACACCAUCACACAUCUCGCCUACCUUCGAACAUUCACGACCGCCGCAGUAUCGUCUCUCGCGACCAUAUCAGAACACACACAAGUGAACGCUGCCGCCACGACAGACGCGGGUCGGAAGAUCCGCGCGCUGAAGAACAAGCUUACGGAAUGGAGGACAGAGUGGGACAGCGCGGAGCGCAGCCGAGUGAAGAUCGAGCAGUGGGAGUCUGGUAUCGAGAUUGGUACACCAAACGAGGAGACACCACGGUCAUAUAGAAGGGUGGAUGGGAGGAAGUUCGUACAGGAGCACCUUCAAGCGUUCGAGAAGGCUCUUGCCGAGGCGAACCAGAAGACACAGCAGAUCAUGGCUGCUGCAGCGUAGACGGCAUUGCUUAGAUUUCGUUGUGGAGGAUGUGUAUCGCGUACGCAUAGCAGGUUGAUCUACUAAUGCAUCUCAUCAUAGUCGUUCUUUGGCACUUAACGUUAUCCACGAUCGCUAAGUACAGCUCUCGUCGCACAUCCUACUGUUGUAGUGAACUUGUAUGGUCAGGAUUGAUACCAGCUACAGCGCCGUAUACUGUGGGUGUGAUGAUCUCCACCGUGAGUACUCCGUAUGAACGAGCGUGUUUGGCCAUGGGCUGCAG